AUGUACAAUACAUUAGAUCUUUCUGUGAAGGAGAGAAGACAGUCAAAUGUCAACCAAAAUUUUAGUCACGCUAAACUGAAAGAAAGAGGAUUGAAAAUUUUUGAUGAAAUGAUUGAUCUUAACAUAACAGAUGCAUACAAGAUAAGGCAAACCAGAGACAUUAAUUUCAGAUUCGAUCAGUCAAACAGCAGAACUAUGCACAACAAUCCAUCCUUCAAAGAUUCAAUCUCAAAUGUCAAUGAAGCCUUACCUUUCUGCUCGUUUUAUUUCAAUGAAGAUGAAAAAAAGUCUUUAAGCAAAAAAGUUGCCAAAGCAAAGAUUCAGUCUGUUUACAUCAUAUAUUUAACUCUUGAUGUUGAAAAUAACGAAGAAUUACAACAAACGAAGCCCUUUUAUAUUGAUGAUCUUACCAGUUGGCAAAUUGUGGAUAUAUCAGAAAAAUUCCUGGAAGAAUUGCCUAUUGAUUUCGAUCUUAUCACAUUAAAUCUCUUUUGGGUUGACGAUGAAAUAAUAAAAGACCACAUAAAAUUAAGGAAAAACAUCACUUCCUGUCAGAUAAAUCCGGAUCAAGAAGAAUUGAUAAAAUCCAUUGAACGCCUACUAUGGAAUGAAAUUCUGGCUAACAGUACAAGUUAUCUGUUAUGCAAUAGACGUUAUGUAAUAAAUGGUUUUCGGGAAUUUAUCUACUACCUGACGACAGUUUGGAUUGGAUAUGAUCUGGAGUGUUCUGCUUGGCCAAAUGAAAGAAAAACUUUAAAGAAAACUCUACCAGAAGUAAUAGCUAUCUUUUGUUACAUUCUUUCAUUUCAGUUUGUUUGGAUAUUUUCCGCCAUAGAUGUAAAGUAUAAAAGAAUUGGAAAUAAGCUUGUACCGAUAUCACGUUAUAGUAGGGACAAGAAAUAUGAUUUCACGGAAGAAACGGAUUAUCAAGAACAUGAUAGACCAUGUGGAAUUAAAAGAAUACUCUUAAAAUUAUUCUAUGGUAAAUGUUGUACAAAUAUUACUUGUUUAGGUCGCGUUAUAUAUGCGGACAUAAUUUGUUCCUACACAAGCAUGGUAUGGUUGAAAUUCUGCAAAUGUACACCUCCGCGCAGAUUAAUUGCUCUUAUAUGGUUUUUUAUUAUCUUUCCUUCUGGUAUCUAUCGAGUAAUUGUACGUUAUCGUGUAUUUUUUUGUCCUCUUUCAUACCUCUUGACAUACAUUUUUUUUUAUCGCCCAUUGUUAUCAUCAUUCACUUUUAUACUGCGGUUCGUUAUGUAUUUUGCUUUUGUUACUUUGGCCAUCAGAAUUCACCUUUUCAGAUAUACAUUAAUUACUGUUAUGGCAAUCGUUUACUUUGUCAGAUACCUUGUUGAAAUUAUCAACAUGAAAUCUGAAAUACUUAAAUAUUUAUUUAAAUAUAUAAGAAAAAAGGAAAAGCAUCACGCUGGUACACAGACCACUGAAGUGUGUCAGAUAUGUGCUGAAAGAGUAGAAAGUACCACGACAAAAUCUAAUCUAGAAUCUAAAAAACUAGAAAGCGCAUCAAAAAGCAAAACCUCCACGAAAACAAAAAUGGAACCAAAAACUUUUGACGCCGAUAUACCGAUAACCACUAUUAAAGAAGAACUUUAUAAUGAGGUGACGAAAAAUCUUUUAUUUGCGAAGAGAAAAAAAUAUUUUUUUAUCAUGAAAAGCUUUAUUGUUGUAGGAAUUCUUGUAGUUAUGAUCAUGAUUUUUUAUUAUAGUGGAGCCUCUAAAACUGCCCGUAAUUUUAAAGAAAUGCUUGAGCUAGUCCUAUUUUUGAUAAGCCCAUUUGCUAUCUCCUUGUUUGUAAAAACAAAUGACAAAGAAAUUCUAUCAGAAUGUGACAAAAAAGAUAUUGAAAUUGCAUAUGACGAGUUUGUAAAUGUUAAAAAUGCAUCAAAAGCAUCAGAUCAACCAUUAUCCAAUCCACCAACCCCCACUCCAAGAACAUAUAAUUCUGCAUCCUGCCCAAUAUUAUCAUUUAAACCACAAUCCAUUCCAGUUACAACCACUCCAACAGUAUUAAGAACUAAAUCCUGCCCAACAUUAUCAGGUCAACCACAAUCCACCAUCCAUUCCAUCAUUCCAUUACCAUCCACCCCAACAUUAUCUAAUACUGGAUCUUGCUCAACAACAUCUACUCCAGCAUCAUCUGCUUCAAAAUCAACAUCAUUUGAUCCAACAUCUUCUGAAACAGCAUUCAGUACAACAUCAUCAAGCACAACACCAUAUCAUUUGUCUACAUCAAAACCUAGUUCAAAGGCAACGCCAGAACCCCAGAGUGAAAUUUCCCCGGAAGACGUAACUGAAAAAACCCCUCUGAUAACAACUUCUUAA